AUGGCUUCCAAGACUUACAACGUUGGCAUUGUCGGCUACGGCUUCAGUGCAAAGAUCUUCCACAUUCCCUUCGUCAACGAGGUUCCCGAGCUGAAGCUCUAUGCCGUCGUUCAGCGUACCCCGAAGGCGGGCGAUGAUGCCGAGAAGGACCACCCCGGUGUGAAGUCCUUCCGCGCCACCGAGGAGAUGGUCCAGGACCCCGCGAUUGACAUUGUGAUCAUUACCACCGCCCCCGACUCCCACUUUGCUCUCUCCAAGCUGGCGCUGGAGGCUGGCAAGCACGUCGUCUGCGAGAAGCCCUUCACCCCCACCACCCAGGAAGCCGAUGAGCUCGUCGCCAUCGCAAAGAAGAACAACAAGCAGCUCGCUGUAUUCCAGAACCGCCGCUUCGAUGCCGACUUCGUUACCCUCUCCAAGCUGAUCAAGAACGGUUCCCUCGGCCGUAUCUCCGAGUUCGAAACCCACUUUGAUCGCCACCGUCCCCAGGAGCCCGCUGCCGACAGCCACAAGUGGAAGAACAAGGUCAUCCCCGGUGGCUCCGCCAUCUAUGAUCUCGGCGCCCACCUGCUGGACCAGGCCUACGUCCUCUUCGGUCUGCCCCAGCGUGUGACCGGUUUCAUUGGCUCCGCACGUGAAGUCAACGCCUCCGGCUUCGAGGAUGCCUUCACGGUCCUGCUCCACUACGCCAAUGGCACCAUGGUGACCGCCAAGGCCACCGUCGUCAGUCCCGAGGAUGAGCAGCUGCGCUUCUGGGUGCGCGGUGACAAUGGCAGCUUCAAGAAGUUCUACCUCGAUAUCCAAGAAGACCAGCUCAAGGCCGGCAUCAUGCCCGCCGACAACGGCUACGGCCGUGAGCCCAGCGAGCGCUAUGGUACUUUGACCACCAUGCAGGGUGACAAGCCCGUCAAGGAGGUUGUGCCUACUGUCGAGCCCCCUACCUACACCGAGUACUACCGCAAGCUUGUCCGCGCUCUCAGUGGUGAUGGUGCCCUUCCUGCCAGCGGUGCUGAGGCUCGCGACGUCAUUCGUUUGAUUGAGUUGGCUCGCGAAUCUUCUCGUACUGGCCGUACCCUUGACGUUUAA